CGCGCGGGCAGCCGAUCGAAGACGACCCCCAGUCGCGCUUGCGUUGUUGGUUGCCUAAAAAUAGAACAGAUGCAGCGCAACCAAGCAAGUUAUAAAACACACACAGUGCGUUAAAACCAAAAACCCACCGUAAAUUGUACUUAAUCACGCAACAAAAUGAACGACGAACCGGUCAUGGCCACAAACGACGACGCCAGCGAGUGCAAAAGGGGCGCAGUCCAGCUGGGCUACUGGCAAGACAGCUACAUCCCGUACUUCGUCCGCCAGAUCGAGAAGCGCGCUCCUGAGAUCAACCGGGGCUACUACGCCCGCGUCAAGGGGGUGGAGCGCUACAUCAAGUCGUUUUUGAAGAAAGCGGGGCCCGCGUCCCAAAUCGUGAACCUGGGGGCCGGCUUCGACACGUUGUAUUGGAGACUGAAGGACCAGGGGGUCUACAUAGCCAAUUACGUCGAGAUUGACUUUCCGACAGUCACCGCCCGCAAAUGCUACGCUAUCAAGCGGAACAAGCAGCUCCUGGAGCGCAUCCACGAGCAGGACGGCGAAGUGAAGCUGAGCGCCACCGACCUGCACGCGGGCAACUACCACUGCAUGGGGGCUGAUCUGAGGAACAUAUCGCAAGUGGAGUCGAAGCUGCAGCAGGCUGAAGUCAGUUUCAGCACCCCCACGCUGUUCAUCGCUGAAUGUGUGCUAGUGUACAUUGAGAAUGAUUGUGUGAAUCGGUUAUUAGCCUGGAUCGCGAGCAAAUUCAAGUCGGCCUUGUUUGUGAAUUACGAGAUGUGCAACAUGAACGACACGUUCGGGGACGUUAUGUUGGGGAACUUGAGGGCGCGGGGCUGCAAUCUGGCGGGCAUUUCGUUUUGCAAAAGUUUGGAGACGCAGAAGGGCCGCUUUCUGGAUAAUAACUGGCAGGGGGCGAAGGCCUGGGACAUGGUCCAGAUCUACUACGAUUUGCCGGCGUCUGAGAGACAGCGUAUCGAGAAAAUCGAGUUCCUGGAUGAGCAGGAGCUGUUGAUUCAACUGUUUCAACAUUACUGCAUUUGUGUGGGGUGGCUUGGGACAGAGUUUGCUGAUGUUAAUUGUAAUGGAGAUUAAUAAUUGGUUUUCCCUUUUUUGGAAUGAAUCCUUGAUUUUUUAAUUUAGUGUAAAGAAGCUCUGUGAUAUUUUUGGAAAAGUAUAGCUUUACCUUUAAGGCUAGUUUUCACACAAAUGAGCAAAGAAGUGUCAAUCAGUUAUAAUCUAAAUUUUUUUAAUGAAAAACUAAUAAACAAAUGUUUGAUGGUUAAAGUGUAUUUUUGUUAUUAUAGAUGUAAUAAAAAGUGUAUAUUUGUCCCGCGGUGGCUCGCCUGUAUGGAAACUCAGCUGUAGUAUUUUAUGAUGUAAUGUGACGUGUAUCUCAUUGUAACCAUGUUUGGAAAUUACUUUUUAUUCAAGAUGUGAUACAUUUUAGUAUUAAUCUCUUGUAAUGAUUUAAUAAAUUUAUUUGUUCAAA